AUGGAGUUGGUCAGUGGUUACAUCCUGGAAGUUGAAGUGAAUGACAAACGUCAUGUAAAUUUGGUAUCGGUGAACAUGGAAAAGAAUUCCCUGCAUAGUGCCCUUCAGCGACUGAGAGGAAUAUUGAAUGUAGUAGAAAUUGUUACUGAUGCCUCUUCAACAAUAAAAAAGUUGAUUGGUAAGAUACUGCAAGCAAUAAUUAAACAGGUGUAUCAAUAUUGCUUUACUGAUACACUUGAAUUUUGUUCAUUAUUUUAGUCUUUUUUACUCUCAGUACUCAUGCAUAAAAAAAGAAAGAAAAGUGCAUGAACUUGUUGCCUUAUACUUCAUGGUAUAACUUGCAUUGCCUCCAACAUUGAUUACUGGUAAUUUCUAUUUUAACCAGAAAUGAACAAAUUUUUUGUUUGGUUUUUCUUGUAGCUGAUGAGUUUCAAGGAGUAUUCCACAGUUUGGAUGUUUGGCAUAAGUCAAAGAGUAUAAGGAAGUGCCUGGCAGAGGUAAUAUCAUUCCCCACAAAAACAGUACUUCAUAUGACUCACUCGUCAGAUCUUCUAAAAUCAGAAGAACAGGAUUUUACUGUAGCUUCUAAAACAAAUAUAAGUAGAAAUUAUUGAUGGUUAGCAAAACAGUUAACUCUAUGAUAGUUUAACAAAAAAGGAAACAAAAGCUAGGAAAGAAUACUUAUUACUUGCUGCGGACUUAAUCCAUUUAGGUUGGGAAAUUGAAAGACAUGGACAAGAUAAAGGUAUGGGCAGAUGACAUAAUCCUACAGUUUUAGCACUGUGCAAGCACUUGUAGACCUACUGCAUCAACCAGUGAUGACGAAGCAGUUGAAAUCAUGAAGGUCUGUACAUGUAGCAUUUCCUACCUAACUGUAUACACCUAUUUCAAUUAUGGUUGCUCCCAUGGAUCAUGCAUCAUUCUUAUCUGAAGCAACCUUAAUUGAAAUAGGUGUAUACAUAAACGUUUUGCCCAUUCACACCUAUUGAUAUCAAUCAUUAAGAUUUUGGAGAAUCUCAAACAUGAACCGGAAUACAUGGAUUGGACUUUUACAUCAUGUGUUUGACGAACAUGACUGGGUUGGAGGCAGAUGUGCCCAUGAUGAGUUAGAAGACCAUACACUCCCAUGGUUUGACCGCAGGGAUAAAGACUUUGAAGCACUUCAAAAGAUUAUUCUGGAACCUCAACUCCUUGCAAGUUUCAAAUCUUAGGUCAGAUUCAGGUAAACUGAAGUGAAAUAGACAGUGUUUGAUGUAGAAUCCAGUAAUGUCAGUGAUGUAUUGGGAAAGUAAUGUUGAUUCAUCUAAUACAAGAUGGAGUCUUCUUAUCAAUGUUACUGACAAAGAAAUUGAUAAAAAUACGGUGAAUGUUCAGUUAACAUAAGAAACUCGGAUGAAGACCACUGGUUUUGUUAUGUGAAACUUGGAAAUAUUGUUGACCCAAGUUGACAAGAAAAUAGGAAAUAACCAUCUGCAAAAGUCAUUUUUAAUCAAAUUAUCUGGGCUUAUGGUACUUUGCGAAACGAAACGAAACGAAACGAAACGGUACUUUGCGAAAUGGUACUUUGCAAAAUGGUACUUUGCGAAACGGUACUUUGCGAAACGGUACUUUGCGAAAUGGUACUUUGCGAAAUGGUACUUUGCGAAACGGUUACACAAGCGCCAAUGCGCCUAAAUUUUUCGCGUUGGCGACCAAACCCUGAAAAUUAGCAGCCUAGAAUGCUUCAUCACACCUUAUCUCUAGUACCUAGAAUGCUACUGAAAGCUUAAGAUUUGUUUCCAAAAAGCAAUGUAUUACCAGACGCCAUCUUGGAUUUAGGUGACUUGGAAAGUGGUGUAUGAACUGUUUUAGUGUCGUCUUUGUAACACGUGUUAAUUUUGCGGGCGCAUCUUUCACACGUAGACAUGCAAAAAGAGCGUUUCAGAGCGUUUUUCUGGUAAAUUUAUUUUUUAAUUACUAUGAGUACCAUAUAUGAAUUACAAUCUAAGCAAAUCAAACAAAAACAUUAACAGUAACAAUGACAACAAAUGGAACAAUGACAAAUUUAGUAAAACCGUAACAAUUCUUCUUUCUGUGGCCCAUAGACGCUUUUUUGUUUGUUUAAAGACAAAUUGGCACAUAGAUUGCGUGUUUCAAUUUGCUUCAAUUAUGCUGGAUAAGUUAGAUCCAAAACUUAACUGUGUGAGAAAAAUAUAAUAAGAAGCGCUGAAGAACACUGUUGUAAAUAAUGUUUGCUAGCACAUGGGCAGACGCCGGUUUCACAUGCAUGACCCCAAAGCGCGGGAAAAUUUCUCACGCAAUGCCUCGCGUGACGAAAGAAAGACAAACAUUUCGCAAAGUAUCAUUUAGCAAAUUACCAAAAUCAAUUUUUUUGUUUGAUUUGCUUUAAUUGUAAUUCAUAUAUGGUACUCAUAGUAACUAAGAAACAAAUUUACAAGAAAAACGCUCUGAAACGCUCUUUUUACAUGUUUGCUUGUGAAAGAUGCGCCCGCAAAAUUUACACGUGUUACACAGAGGACACUAAAAUGGUUGAUACACAACAUUCAAGUCACCUAAAUCCAAGAUGGCGUCUGGUAAUAGAUGCUGCUCUUAGGAAACAGACUUAACGGGGAAAUUUGCUCCAGGUUUAUCUUUACAAAUCUUCAGCUUUCAGUGGAAUUCUAGGUACUCUAGAUAAGGUGUGAUGAAGCAUUGUGUUGUAACCGUUUCGCAAAGUACCGUUUCGCAAAGUACCGUUUCGCAAAGUACCAUUUCGCAAAGUACCAUUUCGCAAAGUACCGUUUCGCAAAGUACCGUUUCGCAAAGUACCAUUUCGUUUCGUUUCGUUUCGUUUCGCAAAGUACUGUAAGCCAAUUAUCUGGUUAUUAGCUACAUUUGCAUGUUGCUUUGGAUUUAUUUUUUUGGAGAAAUUAAUGAUGAAUUUAAUGGACCUUAUUGUUUAUUUUCUCUAGGCAAACAGGAAGUAUUGGGUGUGCAAACAAUCUUACCCUGCCAUAUGCAUCAAAAAGAUGUUCAUACAGGUUUGUUACACUUAUGAUGCAAACUUCUUUCUAAAUAAAUGAUGCCAUUCUACAUUCAAUAAUUCUUUUGGCACAUUCAUUCAAUUUGCGGUGAUAAGCACAUUCCUGUUGGUUCAAACAUUUGGGACAUUAAUGACAAUAUCAUCCUGAACCGAUGAAAAUACAGGAUAUUUCGGAGACAGUUUAGUGAUGUUAUAGAAUGUUAAAAAAAAACAAACAAGCAAGGAAAAACCAAUAAUGUAAAUGCACAGUUCUCCUCAUGAAACAUGACUGCUUAUGCAUUGCCCAUAAUAUACUAAAACCUAUCAAAGUAAUAAUAUAUUGUAAUUUCAAAGACUGACGGAACAAUGCUGUGUUAUUGUUUUAGUUACAAAGUUUACAAGGCCCGGAAACAACUUGCAGCCAUAGACCGGAAUUUUCAUUUGAACCAAGAGCCGGCAACAACAAAGACAGGGGAACAAAUAGUUACCAGAAAACACAACCAGCAUACAAAGGAAUGGGAUGCUAAAAUUGUGAAAGUCAAGAAGAAUUAUGAGUACAUCCCUGUCAUGAUGGCAAAGAUCCUUCAUCUUAGAAAAGACGAUGUUAACAUUGUCACUAGACAAGUGUCUUUGAACGAGAGUGACCCUGCAUUGUUGGCUCCCACUAUUGCAGACAAACCCGCACCACCCUCAAAGGAACUAUUUAUUGCCCGCAGGAGCAGGUUUAAGACCUCUAGCACUGCAGACCAGUCAGAGGAAUCUUCAAAUGUUAUCUCAAGUGAAUAACAGUCUAUGUACUUCCAAAGAAAGCGAAACUGAUACCCUUUUUAAGGCCGAAAGCCGAAAAAUGACACCCUAUUCAAGGAAAAAACAAAAUUAUUAAUAGCAUGAAAAGGAAAACUUUAUUUUUCGGUAACAAUGGAUGUAUA